AUGGCCUCCCUCCUCCGCACAACGGCCCGUAUGCGGCUAUUUUCUGCCCAUAGCAUCGUCCGACCGACCUCGAGGCUCCCAAUGCCAGCCUUCGCAGCAGCAUCCUCGAGGCACAUGGCGUCGGCUGCCGCUGCCGCUGCGGUCCCGGAUGCGGGCGAGCAGCCAUUCUUCGAUGAUGAGCCCAGAGGGCCAAUCAUCAAGACCGAGAUACCGGGCCCGAAGAGCCAGGAAGCCAUCAAGCGCCUGACGAAGGUGUUUGAUACGAGGAGCUUGAACAUGAUGGCGGACUACACGAGUAGCUUUGGCAAUUACCUCGCGGAUCUAGACGGCAACCUCUUGCUCGAUGUCUACGCCCAGAUCGCCUCGAUUCCCGUGGGCUACAACAAUCCGUCCCUCCUCCUCGCCGCUUCCUCCCCCCAGAUGGCCUCCUCGAUCAUCAACCGGCCCGCGCUGGGCAACUUCCCCUCGCACGACUGGGCCGACAUCCUGGAGACCGGAAUCCUGAGCGUCGCGCCCCGCGGCCUAAACCAAGUCUUCACCGGGCAGUCCGGCUCCGACGCGAACGAACUCGCCUACAAAGCGGCCUUCAUGUGGAAGCGGCGUCAAGAGCGCGGGGGCGCCGACGUCGACUUCACCCCGGAGGAGAUGAGCUCUGCGAUGAACAACCAAGCGCCCGGCGCGCCAUCUCUAUCCAUCCUCUCCUUCAAGUCCGCCUUCCACGGCCGCCUCUUCGGCUCCCUGAGCACGACCCGCAGCAAGCCGAUCCACAAACUCGACAUCCCCGCCUUCGACUGGCCGCAAGCGCCCUUCCCGGCGUUGAAAUACCCCCUCGAAGCCCACGCCGAAGAGAACGCCAAGGAGGAACAACGCUGCCUCGACGAGACCGAGCGCCUCAUCACAACCUUCCACCAUCCCCCGGCGGCCGUCGUGAUCGAGCCCAUCCAGUCCGAAGGCGGCGACAACCACGCGACCCCGGCCUUCUUCCGGGGCCUGCGGGCCCUGACGCGCAAGCACGGCAUCCUACUCAUCGUCGACGAGGUCCAGACGGGCGUCGGCGCGACCGGCCGCUUCUGGGCGCACGAGCACUGGGGCCUCGACGACGCGCCGGACAUGGUGACGUUCAGCAAGAAGGCGCAGACGGCGGGGUACUAUUUCGGGAACCCGGAGCUCAGGCCCAACAAGCCGUACCGCCAGUUCAACACGUGGAUGGGGGACCCGGCGCGCGCGAUUCUCUUCAGGGCGAUCAUCAAGGAGGUCGAGAGGCUGGAUCUGGUAAGGAACACUGCCAACACGGGCGAGUAUCUGUAUGCCGAGCUGGAGAGACUGGCGCAGCAGUAUCCGGCCGAGGUGAAGAACUUGAGGGGCAAGGGCCAGGGCACGUUUAUCGCGUGGGAUAGUCCGAGACGCGAUGAGGUGCUGAAGAAGGCGAAGAGCGUGGGGAUUAAUAUCGGGGGCAGUGGUGAGAGGGCGGUUAGGUUGAGGCCGAUGUUGGUGUUCCAGAGGCAUCAUGCGGAUAUUUUGCUCGACGGGCUGGAGAAGGUAUUUAAAUCAUGA